AACAGAUGUAUCCUUUUGGGUAUAUAUAAGUUACUUAGUAAUUUUUGUUUAAUUGCAGAAAUCAUUCUAAGCAACAUACUGAACCAAUAUUACAACAAUUUUAUUACUACUAUAAUAUCAACAGGAGUAUGUCAUCGGACGCCUUGAAUAUAUCUCGUCGAAAGCUCAAUGAUGCACUUGGUGAAAAAUCUACAAAAUAUUUCAAUCAAAUGAAACAGUGGUUUCGCAUGAAACUUACAAAGGAAGAAUUUGAUACGGAAGCCCGCGCCUUAUUAAAUUCUGAUCAGGUGCGUUAUCACAACGAAUUCUUACUAGCUUUAUUAAAUAAAGUCGAAGGUUUGGCAGAAACUUCAAUAACUAUUGCUCAAGAAAAAGCAAGUUCUCAUAACAGGAAUAGUAGAAGACAUAAAAGAAACUCUCGGACAUCUGAAAAAUCUAACUUUGAACCAGCAGACCUAUUGGAAUACUUACCACCUAAUUCACCACCAGGAGCUGGUAGCGAUGGAGUCAAAUAUGCAACACAGGAAAUAUUCCUGCCAGACCAUGCACUGGUUGUGGGCCGGUUCAUGCUAGCAGCCUGGGAACUUGGAUUAGAAGGAGCCGACGAUGAAGCUGCAGAUCUUAUCGUAGUUGCUGUCCAAAACUUUCUCAAAAAUAUCAUAAGCACUGUUGUUUCGCAGAGAAAAGGCUAUAAGUUACGAAAUGAACGAUUCAUGUAUGAUAUUGGAGCAGAUAUGCCUAAUAUCUGGCUAAGGAAUAGUAAUAAGUUAUAUGAUCCCCAAAAUGAUGGAAGAAUCAAUUUAGAUGACAGUGUAGAUGCAUUAGGACCCAGAUGUCCUCCGACUAUAGAUGAAGUUGAGCAUUCAACGGCAUUUGAAAUUGCUUGCAGUGUACAAAAUCCGGAACCAAAUGAUGAGAAGUUAUCUGUCUAUGAGCUCUAUAACACAUUACUGACACAUAAAAAUGUUAUAGCUUGUCAUUCUGUUUAUGCUGUAAAUAUGGAAAGAUUAGCAGUUAUGUUAAAUCAUCCUAGUUACUAAAUAUAUUAUAAAUAAAAAAAAAACUU